AUGCCCAUUGAGACUUUUCCUUAUAAGCUGGUUUUUGGCAAGGCUUGCCAUCUGAUAGUUGAACUUGAAAAUAAAGCCUUGUGGGCUCUGAAAAAGUUAAACAUGGACUGGAAAGAAGUAACCAAGCAGUGGUUGUUUCAGAUGAAUGAAAUGGAUGAAUUUCGGUGCCAUGCCUAUGAAAGUUCGCGUCUGUACAAGGAGAAGAUGAAGCUGAAGCUUUUUUCGGGCAAGUUGAAAUCCCGGUGGUCUGGACCUUUCGAACUGGCGAGUGUUUCACCCAAUGGCUCAAUGGAUCUACGAACCAUGGAUGGGUCUCGAACAUUCAGAGUGAAUGGCCAGAGGGUGAAGCACUAUCAUUGGUGCAUUAAUGGGGAUAGGAUCGUUGAUAGACACUAG